CUCUUAGAUCAAAAAUCACUAAACCCUCAAUUAUUCAAAUUCUUUCACAGUUGCAAGCCUCCUACUCAGCCACCCUCCACACAACCAAGGACCCAUCCAACCAUCCAUCCAAAGCAUCACGGACACAGCCUACAAAAGCCCAAACAAAAAGACCAAAAGCUAGUCUGCUGCCUGUCAAUACAUUCCAACCUACAGACCAAAAGACAUUUCAAAUACCAAACACCAAACCCAGCAAUCCGACCUACUCACCACAACAUACAUACAUCUAUCACCCCCAAUACAUAAGUUACUACCACCACACAAAAUGCCCACCCCCAAACCCACUACAAAAACCACCAAAGCACCCAAUCCCAAGACCCAAGCCCAAACCCCAUCUCUAGCCCCCACCACCACUACCACCACUACCACUUCCAACCCCACCCGAAACAAAACCCUUCACCGCAUCCGCACCCACCCAACCCUCCCCCCGCACCGCCGGAACAUCUACAUGACCUUACUCACCGUGCCCGCCGGCCGGUGGACGACCUACGCCGCCCUGGCGCGGCACCUGGGCACGAGCCCGCGGGCCGUCGGCGCGGCGAUGCGCCUGAACCCCUUCGCGCCGGAGGUGCCCUGUCACCGGGUGCUGGGCGGGGGCGGGCGGCUGUUGGUCGGGUACUCCGGGGGCCCCGGGGCGGGGGCCGGAAGGGCGAGGGACGGGGUGGGGAUGAAGCGUCGGUUGCUGGAGGAGGAGGGGGUUGUGUUUGACGGAGAGGGGAGGGCGGGUGGGGUUUGUUAUGUGGAUUUCGGGGAGGGUUCUUGA